GAAUUUAACAUUAAAAAAAAAGAUAAAAAGUUCUAAAAUGGAAAGCCACUUUUGUUGCUAACACUAGGGAUUCUUCAGGGCCCUUGCUUUCCCCCCGACAUGCACUUUUAAAAAUAAUCAACUUCAUAUUUUAGAGCAGUUUUAGAUUCCCAGCAUAUCUGAGCAGAAGGCACUGAUUUCCGGUACCUCACACGCUGUCCCGGUUCCGACCCUCUCCACCAGUGGGGCACUUGUGAUGGCGGAUGGCGGGCACUGACUGACACAGAACUACACGCAGUCCACAGGAGGGUUCGCUCUUGCUGCUGCAUAUUCUGUGGGUUUGGACAAACUUAUGACAGGUAGCCAUUACUAUAGUACCAUACGGAGUGGUUUCCCUGUCUGAAAAAUCCUAUUCUCUGCCUAUUCACUCCUUCCUCUGCCCUAACUCUGGUGACAUCUACUUUCAAUCUCCCUACCAUUUAUUUUUACCCUACAACCCCUUCUACCAUUACUGAAAUACAAGUUAAAUUCUGGACAGGAAUCUGGUAAUGAGAAUAAAACAUUAUGAUUUAAAUUACAGCUUGGAGAAUUUCUGCAGGUAAUUACCCAUGCCUCUUCUCACCAAGGCGGCGGGGGGGGGGGAUUUCAAUUAGAAUAUAAAGUAAUUCUCCUUAAGACUGUGAGAAGGAAGAGACCAGUCCCGGGUAUUGGGAGUGUAUUUAUUUCUGGGAAAAAUCACCCGUCUAGAAUGCAUCAGACUGAGAUGAAGUACACUGUGGGUAUAUUCAAUUUAAUUCUAAAGUCGAAGACAGAAAGAAGAAAGGGAAAAUGAAGCAGAGUGAAAAAUAAGGUGAUGGAGAGAAAAAAAGGAAUCUUGUUAACUACAGGACUCUGAGCAAGAUAUUUUUCUUCCCUUUACAAGUUAGAAGCUAUUGAAUAAUUCAUCCCAAGCAUGGAAAGGCUGUCUCGUCCCUGAGUGAUGUAUAACAGAGCAGGAGAGAGCUUCGAGUGGGUUCACCACAUCAGCCAGCACUCUCGCUUCUGAGUGCAGGGCGCUCUCCUCUGGAGCUCAGCUUCUGCAGCCAAGCAUCCUUGCUGCUGUGCUGCCUGCCCACCCGCCUGGGCAUGCAGCCUGCCACUUUACUUUCUCCAGCCCUGCUGCCAGCCGAAUAGUCUCCUGCAGCUGCUGCUUCCUGCCUGGGACCAUGUGUGUGGACGCGGCUUGGGAGAAGCGGGGCACUUGCUCCUGGCACAGAUCCCAGCAGAGCUUCUCCUGUUGAUUUCUGGACCACAGAUGCUGCUGCUGAGGAGGUAUUUCCUGGCAUCCCUCCCUCUGCCAUCAUCAAAGGACCGGCCCCAAGACAAGCUGUCAAGUGUCAGGAUGGGCAGCGCUGCAAGAAGCCGACGCUAGGGCGCGAGGUGCGAAGAGUUGGCCAGAAUGACCAACUCCUCCUCCACGUCCACCUCCUCCACCACCGGGGAAUCGCUGCUGCUGCUCUGUGAGGAAGAGGAGUCGUGGGCGGGCCGGCGCAUCCCCGUGUCCCUCCUGUACUCGGGCUUGGCCAUCGGGGGCACACUGGCCAACGGCAUGGUCAUCUAUCUCGUGUCGUCCUUCCGAAAGCUGCAGACCACCAGCAACGCCUUCAUCGUGAACGGCUGCGCCGCCGACCUCAGUGUCUGCGCCCUGUGGAUGCCUCAGGAGGCGGUGUUGGGGCUGCUGCCCGCGGGCUCCGCGGAGCCCCCCGGGGACUGGGACGGCGCCGGGGGCAGCUACCGCCUACUGCGGGGCGGGCUGCUGGGCCUCGGGCUCACAGUGUCCCUCCUGUCCCACUGCCUCGUGGCUCUGAACCGCUACCUGCUCAUCACCAGGGCGCCCGCCACCUACCAGGUGCUGUACCAGCGGCGCCACACGGCCGGGAUGCUGGCGCUGUCCUGGGCGCUGGCCCUGGGCCUCGUGCUGCUGCUCCCGCCCUGGGCGCCUCGGCCCGGCUCCGCGCCCCCGCAGGUGCACUACCCCGCGCUGCUGGCGGCCGCCGCGCUGCUGGCGCAGACCGCGCUGCUGCUGCACUGCUACCUGGGCAUCGUGCGCCGCGUGCGCGUCAGCGUCAAGCGGGUCAGUGUGCUCAACUUCCACCUGCUGCACCAGCUGCCCGGCUGCGCCGCCGCCGCCGCCGCCUUCCCGGCCGCCCCGCACGCGCCUGGCCCCGGCCCCGCGCAGGCCCAGCCGCUGCCGCCUGUGCUCCAGCCCCGGCGCGCGCAGCGGCGGCUCAGCGGCCUCUCGGUGCUGCUGCUGUGCUGCGUGUUCCUGCUGGCCACGCAGCCGCUAGUAUGGGUGAGCCUGGCCAGCGGCUUCUCGCUGCCCGUGCCCUGGGGCGUGCAGGCGGCCAGCUGGCUGCUGUGCUGCGCGCUGUCCGCGCUCAACCCGCUCCUCUACACGUGGAGGAACGAGGAAUUCCGCCGCUCCGUGCGCUCCGUCCUGCCGGGCGUCGGCGACGCGGCUGCAGCCGCCGCCGCCGCCACAGCGGUGCCCGCCAUGUCCCAGGCACAGCUGGGCACCCGCGCCGCCGGCCAGCACUGGUGACCCGGCCGCCGCCCGGGUGAGCGAAGCGAGGGCCUUCCGAGGUCGCGGGCCACCCUCGCCUCCUCCCCGUGUGAGGUACCCCCUGCCCUGGCGAAGACUUCCUCCGGGAACCCAGAUACACCCGCGCGAAGAUUUCGCCCUCGACUCCCUGGGGUACCUGAGUCAAGGUCUUGCCCUAAAUUGGGUCCCGAAGUCGUUUGUGGACGGUCACCUGAUUUUCACUUUUGUUUCUGUAUUUUAGAGACAUUGUUAAGUCAACACACUGGAGACAGCGAGGGCUUGCAAACUGGCAUUUAGAAGGAACGGGCUAAUUUAUUUCAACAUUGUUUUUGCAAAAGCUUUCAUAACAUAUUACCUUUCCUACCUUCGUCGUCUUAAGCGCCUUGAGUGUGCAUGAGCCAAAGGACAUAAUAUUGAGGAAGGGAUAAUUGUAGGAGUAUUAGAAAGGAGGGUAUCUUUGAUGAUGCUUCAUUCUGUUUAGUCUUUGUAGAUCAGCCUGGAAGACUGAAGCCACAGACAACCUGCGCAGCGCCGGUAUUAACUGCCAUUAAGACCUCAAGUCCUUUAUUUUUAAAAGGGUUUUUAUAAAGUUAAGUCAUUCUUCAAUGAGAUAGAAUCAUAGCCAGUGAAGAAAAAGCCCCCAAAUUUAUUAUUUUACAUUGUUUCCACUUCUGAGAUUAAUGUUAGCAUUGAGCAUUAAAUGAAAAAUUUCCAGUUUGUUAAUUGAUGGUCAGAGCCAGAACACAAACAAGGGGGUUCUCUAUUUUAGGUACCAAUUUCACAUUUUCUAUAGCAUGCACACUUGUUGCUACCCUCCUUUUGUAACCAAUUGAUUUGCCUUAUGAGUGUAAUUGCAGCUUUGAACAUUCUGUACUAUAAUGGUUGCUAAGGAGAAUAAGUCCGUCUGUUUUCUCUUUCACAUUUAAAAUAUCUCAAUGCACAUGAUAUAAUUAAACACUACUAAUACCAUAACUGCAUAGCUAACAUUAGCUGCUAUUGCAUGUUCCUAGAUGCUAGAACUUAUUUGGCAUGUGGAUACUAAAGCAAUACCUAUUAGACAAGGACAGUUUACUUCUUCCAGACACCAGAAGAAAUGACCUUCAAUUAUUUGGGCGGAGACACAGAGACACCUCUGGCUACCUAGAGUUCUGCAUGUCUUGAUCUAACUUUUGAAAAAAAGCUCCCAGUUGGGACUUUGUCUCACAAAUGGAGCCAUAGUCAAGAUGGGUCAAUAAUAUGGUUUGGCUCUGCAAAGUCAUCCAUGCUCUUUCAUGGUUUAAACAAGCCACACAUUAGAGAGAAAGUAACACUGUUUCUAUGUAGUUCAUAUAUAUUACCAUGACAUUCAACAUCGGUAUCACAUCUAUUGAAGGAAGUAUAACUCAGCUAUAUACAAUGAACAGUUCAAAUGAGACUCUGUUCUCAAAUGUAUUAUUUGAGGUUUGUCAUUUUCAUGUUUAGUUUACAAAUUUUAUUUAGGAACAUUUGAAAUGCAAAAUGUAAAAAGUACUUUAUAAAACUAAAAUGGGAAGAAAGUAAUUUUAAUAACAACAUAUUAGGCUGCUAAUUACAUCAAAUAUGGAGCAAAAUAGCUUCAAUUAAUUGUGUAUUACAGAAACAAAAAGAGCUUGCUUUGCUGCACUCUUGGACAUUUUAAGCCAGGAUAUUAGGAGCACUUGUGCAUUUGAAUAAUUAUGGAAGUGACAGAAGACCUUGUCAUGUUUGUAGUAAAACAAAAUAAAUAUGUUCAUUGCCAAUAAUAAAUCAGCAGUCAUUUUAUUAUCAAUCCCCUUUAUGCAUGCACCAUUUCUCUCUGAAAAAGGUUUCAUCUAUUCCCUUUUUCCUUGAUUCAGAUAUUAAAGUUCAGACAACUAUUCUUCUGAGUUUUUUUUUUUUCCUUCUGUCUCUGGUUUUCUUGUGUACCCUCUUGAGGACAUUAGAACAGAAGACAAUGGUAUUCCAAAGUACAAAUGAGGGAAGUAACUUCUUUUUCCUGGCUGUAAUUUUCAGUUUCUACAAGUAUUUCUACCUUAUGUAAUUAAAUAAGCUUCCUAUGCCAGCAUUAAGAAGAAAUAGGCAUAAUUUCUUUUCUGUAAGUAUGGAAAAUGGGCUUUAAUAACAGAGUUGAAGAUUUUCUAUUUUGGAAGACUGGGGAAACUUCUAAAUCUCUAUCAAAAAAGUCUUUUAAUUGGACCUUUGUCUUUGUUUCUUAUUGUGAGGAAGUGUAAGCAGUUUUGCUCAGGGUUCUUGUAGACAUUUGUGACUUUCAAAAACAGAUUUUCUAGUGUAUUUCUGGUCUCUUGAAAUGUUGCUGGUUAGCACUAGAACCAUCUUCUGCUGGCUCCAUGCCAUGUGGGAGACCUACUUUAGUUUAAUUUGCUGGUAAUUAACUCCACAGGACUGAUUCACUUUUAAUUUCAAAGUAGCAAUGAUGUAUCUAAAACCGCCUUACUAGGGUACUAGCUAAGUGUUGGAGCUAUUGCUUUGACAAAUUAAGUUAAUGGAGACUGUGUUCUUGUUUAAAUGAAACCACAUAUUAUCCACUCAGGAAUAA